AUGAAGUUGCGAACGACAGGGAAAUGGACAAGCUGGAAAAGACCUGCGUUGUUUUGGUCAGCUAGGUAUACUGGUGUCUUUGUGUUUGCUGUCCUAUGUCUGCUGGCUAUGCACAAUCAUGGUUCAAGCCCUUUGAACACCGUCAUCGAACGAUACAGGGAGAGAAUUUGGAUUUCGCUUAAGUCAAUAUCCGUUAAAUCAGACCGUACGUCCGUCGAACAGAAAAAGUAUGUUGGACUUCACUUGAACAUCGGCCGCCUUGGAAAUCAGCUUUUCCACCUGGUUUCUGGAUACGGCAUUGCUAGGACUAUAGACAGGAUACAUUACUUGCCAUUCGAAGAGCAUAGAGCACACGUCGAGAAGUACCUAACUUACUUAGAAAGAGUUUUUCCUCUUUUAAACAGAACCUACGUUCUUGCGAAGAAUGGAACCAAGCAAAGAGUUGUAAAAUUCGUGAGAGAGAAUAACUCUUACGCUGAUCCAUCAAGGCUGAAAAAUUUUGCCGAUCAGUAUUUGUUGCUGGACUUUAUUCUUGCCCAGAAUGUCAGGUAUUUUGAGGACUAUGCUGCUGAACUACGUGCUGUUCUGCAAUUCUCAGAAGAAAUGAAAUCAAAUGGAAGCAUCAUAACACACUCUUUGCAAAGGCAUUCUGACUCAAUGUGCCUACACGUCCGAACGACGGACUUCAUUAGACAUAAAUGGCACACUGACGUAAACAAAACUGUGAAAGCUGUCAAUGCACUGGCUAAGAAGAAGGAAAUCAUGGCAUUCGCACGACGUCUGAAGUCUUCAGCAGCGAUGGUCGUGGAUGGCAAAGCGGACAAUCAAAAAGCAUUGAAAGCUGAUCUAAACCUGUCUUGUUAG